AACGAAAGCAAAGAGCUUUGAACAGCAUCGAUUGAUUCCCCCCUCGGGCCCCCGAUUCAGCUACCAAAUCGCAAUUGGGGCGUGCGUGGCUCUAUGUACUAGUGUACAAAGGCAGAGAGACGUCGCCCUAUGUCAAUAGGACAGGCGAUCGAUCCCAAGAGAGCGCACACGUCGUCCUGACCGUUCCCGUUCUUUGUCAACCGUCUUCUUGUUUUCUGUUGUCUUUGGUUGCCCCUCAAUCUCGACAUCCCUCUUUCUCAGCUCCUCCAAUUCGACCGUACAACAACACGUAACAGCAACAGCUCAGCUUGUUUCUCGACAAUUGACAGGGUUCCAGUUCAAAACAUCUCACCCCAGUCUUACUACACUACACUGCACUCGGUCCCGCCUUACAAGGAAAAAGCAACCUGCAAGGUAGGGCAACGCUGAGUGACUUCACUACCUUACCUCCGGCUUCAAUUCCUGACGUCGCCGUACCUCUCUCUCCGCCUUGCUCGUUUUUUGCUAGUCUUGACCACACCACACACACCACACCACACCACACCACACCACACUUCACCAUAACACAUACGCAACUACUCUAUUCGCUUUCUGGCGUAUUUCGACCUUCCAUCCUCUCUCUCAGCUACACGCUAGCGCUCGCUGGGUAGUCCCGUCAAAGGUAGCAAAGGUUGUUGUCUGUCGCGACAGCCCGCCGCCGCCGCCGCCUGCACCACUCCUGCCCGAUUCUCUCCUCCGCGUGUCGGUUCCGGCUCCCGUCUCCAGCUCCCCAAUUAGACGGCCCAGGUCUCGCUCGGCUGUCGACCAGGAAAUAGGAUUUGAUGCCUCUGCCUAGCCUCGGUUUCCUCAAAAAGAAACGGACGAAGGAGGGCAAUACGGACCCUUCUUCGACUAGCCACCCAACCAGCCCAGUCACCCCUACCUCGGCCUCGAGCCUCGACCGCAACUCCAUCCAGAGCAGCAUCGCCCGGAUCUCGUCGCACUCGAGUGCGUCGCAGGCCACUUCCCAGUCAGUCGCGACCGGCACUACCACCAUCGAUACAACCCAUAUGCCCACUCUUCUGCCGCACGAAAACCCCGUCAACAUGAAUUCUGUCCCGGUCCAACAGCAUGCCUACCCCCCUCAGCACACGCCUUCUCCUGGAGUAGCGGAGCAGCAGAACCUCCCGUCCAUCUCCAACCUCAUACACCAACCGCAAUACGACCAACCUGCCACCUACAAACAGUCGUCUAGAUACGUUCCAUCUGUAUCCCCAGCUAACGGCGGCCUGCCCGCGCCGCACACGCCCCAGCCGUCCAUGCCUCAACCACAGCAAGCAACACUGCAGCCGCCGCAUAAUCACCAUCAGCAGUCUCAAGCUCAGCAGCAGCAGCAGCAGCAGCAGCAGCAACAACCCCAACAGCAGCAGCAGCAACAACAGCAACAGCAACAGCAACUGCAGCCUCAGCCUAGUCAGCCCAGGGCCACCAAGGGCAAGUAUUCGCUCGCCGACUUCGAGAUAUUGAGAACCCUCGGCACUGGUAGCUUCGGCAGAGUCCACCUGGUCCAGUCUCGGCAUAACUCGCGCUUCUAUGCCGUCAAGGUGCUGAAGAAGGCCCAAGUGGUCAAGAUGAAGCAGGUCGAGCACACCAAUGACGAAAGAAGAAUGCUAGCGGAGGUCAAACACCCCUUCCUGAUCACGCUAUGGGGAACAUUUCAGGAUGCCAAGAAUCUUUACAUGGUGAUGGAUUUCGUAGAGGGCGGCGAGCUCUUCUCGUUGCUGAGGAAGUCCGGACGCUUUCCUAACCCCGUUGCCAAGUUCUACGCUGCAGAAGUCACCUUGGCCCUGGAGUACCUGCACUCGCGGGAUAUCAUUUACAGAGAUCUGAAGCCCGAGAACCUGCUUCUUGACCGCCACGGCCACCUCAAAAUUACGGAUUUCGGGUUCGCCAAGCGGGUUCCAGAUAAGACGUGGACACUGUGUGGUACUCCAGACUACUUGGCACCAGAGGUUGUUUCCAACAAGGGUUACAACAAGUCGGUAGAUUGGUGGUCCCUGGGUAUUUUGAUUUACGAAAUGCUUUGCGGUUACACGCCCUUCUGGGACGGCAGCUCCCCCAUGAAGAUCUACGAAAACAUUCUCAAGGGCAAGGUCAGAUACCCUCAGUGGGUCAACCCCGACGCGCAGGACUUGUUGGAGCGGUUGAUCACGGCAGACCUGAGCAAGCGCCUUGGAAACCUGUACGGCGGACCGCAAGACGUCAAGUCACACCCUUGGUUUGCCGAGGUGACUUGGGACCGACUGGCAAGGAAAGAUAUCGACGCGCCGUAUACUCCGCCAGUCAAGGCCGGAGCAGGAGACGCGAGCCAGUUCGACAGGUAUCCUGAGGAGACUGAGCGGUAUGGACAAGGAGGGCCAGAUGAGUACGGUCACUUGUUCCCGGACUUCUAAGCAGCUCGAACCUCGACGGCUGUGGGCUCGAAUGGUGUAUAAUCAACUCGCCAUCACCUGCACUGCGACAUGGCCGAUCAACUACGCAGAGGCCAGAGAAUCGGCAAGACUAAUGAAUGGGCUUGUUAAACCAGCGGAUUUCCGAACCGUGGCCGUUUCUGUACAAAACCCAAUACGAAGCCAGAAGUAUAGCAGCAGCAGCAGCAGUAGUGGAUACAUGUAGCAUGCGUUAUGAGACGAAAGAAAUGGGCUCUUUGCCUUGGAUAUGCACAGUCAACGCAGGAUGAGUCUGGACGGGAACUGGGUGCUGCAAAAGGGGUGGCCAGUUUUGCUUGCGUUUACCUUUUCAGGUUGUUAUUGUGUCCCCCUAUUUUUGUGUAAACAAAUCAUACGGAUGGCGCCCUGGAACGGGUUUGAUGGUCCAAGUGAUGCAAUGACUGGCAAGUGGCAGAUAACAUUAGAGUGAGGAGUAUUUGGCCGUGUUUGGCUUAUUACUGAUGGGAAAAUGAAAGAAGGAGAGAAAUAACAUUUACACCUGUGAUUAUUUGCGGUUCCAAUGGCGGUGAUCUUCAACUGCCAUGGGGAAAUAACCUUAUUGAAUCCCGAGGUGAGAUGCCUCGAUGAUGGUCCCUGA